CGGGUUCUCUUCGUGCAGUCUGUGCCGAGACGUGUGUGCUAGCGGGUGUAAUUCAUAUUUCGAACUUUCGAACUGGCCGAAUGACAGAUCGCGAUUUGUUUUUUAAUUAAAUAAAAACUCUUUGAUCAAUCGAACGUGUGACUGAUUUUUAAAAAAAGUUGUUGACUUUUUAAACAAUGGCGGCCAAGAUGUGGUUUAUUGUGUGUGCGGUUUUGAUAACUGUUAAAGUCGUUUUUGGAAAUGAUUGCUCGAGUAUAUCGAAAAUCUCUUCUUGCGACGAGUGCACUAGAUGCGGUGGAUAUUGGUGUAAUGAUCCCAAUGUUAGCACUCACUGCGUUGAAACACUAAAUGACGAUUGGUGUCCAAACCAAAAAGAGGAACUGCUGGUGGUCAGAGAGCGCACGGAGCCUGGGGGCACGGAUAAGCCCACAUACAGGGAGAGGACCGUCAGAGUUGGAGUCUCUAACGUCAUCAACUAUAAACAAAUUAAACCAGAGGCGAAACUCGUGAACACAACACAGAAUGAAAACUUCUUCCUCACAACGAAAGAGUACGACGGUAAGAAUAGAAACUGGUAUAUUGAAGCUUCGCCUGGAGACCAAUUCUGUUCAGCGAAGAGUAAAACAUUGGAAGAAGUCUUCAUUGAGAUUAAUGUCGGUGCUGAUAAGGAAGUUGUACAAUAUCACGUACCCUGUGCCUGUCCGUGUACUGAACGCGCUGAGGUAUUCUCAAGGAAAUGCAGCAACAGAGGCACUUAUGCAUGUGGCGUCUGCUCUUGUCCAAGUGGAUGGUCCGGCAAAUUCUGUGAAAAGAAAGAAUGUCAAGGUAUUCGCGGCGACCUCCAGUGCACAAAUCCUGUUAAAAACGAUGUGGAAUGCUCAGGGAACGGUGUCUGUGGUCCUUGUGACGUUUGUCAAUGUUACACCGACCGUCCGGGCUCCAAGUACUUUGACAAAGAAAACUACUGCGCCGACAUCUGCAUGACCACAAACGACUGCGACGAAUGCCUCAGCAAUCCAGGGAACGGAAAAUGCCCAGACUGUCACUUCCCUCUCACCAAGAUGAGGUACAAUGAGACACUGCUGAGGGAAAAGGACAGCCAGAACAGGAACAUCUGGAUUAAUUGCAACGGAACAGUCGACAACUGCCCCAUAGAAUAUGUCGCCAAGAAAGAUGAUAAUGGCGACGUGUUUGUUAUGGUCAUCAAGUUGUGCGAUGUUACCAACGAAGCGUCAGUUGCGGGUGGCACCAAUGUGACGAUCCCCGUGGUGCUGACGGUGCUGCUGCUGGCGGCGGCUGCGGCGGCCACCGCCGGCUACCUGGUGUGGAGGAACCGGCCGCCCGCGCUGCCGCUCGCCGACACACAGUACCAGAACAUCGGCGCCGAAGACUGCGUCGGCUCCAACCCGCUCUACAUACCGCCCACCUCUUAUUAUAAUAAUCCUACGUACGGAAAAAACUAGUCAGAAUGAAAAUAAUGGUAUCGAAGAUGAGAAAAC